CGCUGGGCGGCGCGCGAGAGCAAAGCGCAGGUCCCGCCGCCGCUUUAGCUGGUUGGUCGGCUGGCCGGCCUCUCGAGCGGCUCCUUCGUCACCGGGACAACCGGCGGCCCGCUAUUGCCUCACAAUGGCACUCUCAAAUGAUGAUGAAGCUCUUAUUAACAGAAAGUUACCAAAAGAACUCCUUUUAAGAAUAUUUUCCUUCUUGGAUGUAAUUACCUUGUGUCGAUGCGCACAAGUUUCUAAGUCUUGGAAUGUUUUGGCCCUGGAUGGCAGUAACUGGCAAAGAAUAGACCUUUUUAACUUUCAGACAGAUGUAGAGGGCCGGGUCUUAGAAAAUAUUUCCAAAAGAUGUGGUGGGUUCCUGAGACAACUGAGUCUGAGAGGCUGUCUUGGGGUUGGAGAUACUUCUUUAAAAACAUUUGCACAGAACUGUAGAAACAUUGAACAUUUGAACCUUAAUGGAUGCACAAAAAUUACUGAUAGCACUUGCUUUAGCCUUAGCAAAUUUUGCCCCAGGCUAAAACAUCUGGAUCUGACAUCUUGUAUUUCAAUCACAAACAACUCUUUGAGAAGUUUAAGUGAGGGAUGCCAAAAUCUGGAACUCUUGAAUCUUUCCUGGUGUGAUCAGAUUACAAAAGAUGGCAUUGAAGCACUGGUGAAAGGGUGCAGUGGACUAAAAGCACUAUUUCUUAGAGGAUGCACACAGCUGGUAGAUGAGGCGCUUCACAACAUUGAGACUCAUUGCCAUGAACUGGUUAUCUUAAACUUGCAGUCAUGCAUGCAAAUAUCUGAUGAAGGCAUAGCAGGUAUCUGUAGAGGAUGUCACCAACUCCAGUCGCUUUGUGUUUCUGGUUGUACAAACCUUACAGAUGCUUCUCUCGUAGCACUUGGUCUGAACUGUCCAAGACUGAAGAUUCUGGAGGCUGCAAGGUGUUCCCAUCUCACUGAUGCUGGUUUUGCACUUCUAGCACGGAAUUGCCAUGAACUAGAAAAGAUGGACCUAGAAGAAUGUGUUCUGAUAACAGAUAACACAUUGAUACAACUUUCCAUUCAUUGCCCUAAACUGCAAGCGUUGAGCUUGUCCCACUGUGAACUGAUCACGGAUGAUGGGAUUCUGCAUCUGAGCAGCAGCACAUGUGGACAUGAAAGACUCCAAGUACUUGAAUUGGACAACUGCCUUCUAAUCACAGACGUGACCCUAGAACAUCUUGAAAAUUGCCACAACUUAGAAAGAAUUGAAUUAUAUGACUGUCAGCAAGUCACCCGUGCAGGCAUCAAAAGAAUAAGAGCUCAUCUACCAGAUGUGAAAGUUCAUGCUUAUUUUGCUCCAGUAACUCCACCUCCUUCUGUAGGAGGCACUCGCCAACAACUCUGCCGAUGCUGCAUUAUUCUUUAGCAGGGUAUUGUCCCUAGAUCUGGAAUCAUAAGCAGACCUUGACAUCCCAGUCACAGUCUAGAGAAGCACCAGAUUUUCCAGCUCCAAAUUCCUCCAGUGAGGUUCACUUUCUGGCAUUGUUCAGAAAGCUGGUCAGUGCUGAUUGAUCGACACCCUUGCAAGGUAGGAAGGCUGCAGGAGUAGCAGAAAAGUUUUAUUCCUUUCCAGAAAAGACCUUGGACAGGUUCAAAUUUCCCAUUGAUGAUGGCCCAGAAGUAGUGCUAUUGUUGGAGGCAGUGGUCCUCUGGGAUGGGGAUACCUACCUCUUUGAAGGAUUAGGCAAGCAAUGUUCAGAGCCAGUGUUAAAGACCGGCCAGUGGACUUCCUCCACAGCUUCUGUUUUGUUUUGUGCACCCUUCCUUUGGGUGAAGAAUCUGUUGGCAGGAGACUGACAAUAGGCUACACAGAAUUCACAUUUGUCUAGUGACCUCUAGCAUUUAUAGCAGAUGCUAGGUUUGUUGGUUUGCCAUUUAGACCUCUGGUGACUGGGGAGGAGGCCCUAAGGGAUGUGCUUCAGAAGGGGAUCUCUUUCCUUCCUGGCCAUUUCUUGAGAGUCUUGCCUGGACUUAGAAUAAGACAUGUUUUCUGUCUUUAUGCUGUUCAUUUCAGAUGGGGGGGGAUUGCCUUGAUUUAUUUAAUAAAAUUUAUAUACCACUAGAUUGAAAUAUUAAAAUUAUCAAUAAAAAGUUUAAAAUCCUAGAAUGUUCACUUGUAAUGUUCCUCCCUGAUCAAACAGUUUAAGCAAGUCUUAGUGUUUUCUUGAUGCCUCCUUUAUGUCAUCAUUUG